AUGGCAGCGCACCUCUUAUUCCUCUGCUUCUUCCUCUUCCUCGCCUCCCUCUCGGGGUCGCACGCCGGCAGCAUCGCCGUCUACUGGGGCCAGAAUGGCAACGAGGGCACCCUCGCCGCCGCCUGCGCCUCCGGCAACUACCGCUUCGUCAACCUCGCGUUCCUCUCCUCCUUCGGCAACGGGCAGACGCCCGUCCUCAACCUCGCCGGCCACUGCGACCCCGCUUCCGACGGCUGCACCGGCCUCAGCGCCGACGUCCGAAAGUGCCAGCGCCUCGGGAUCAAGGUGCUCCUCUCCAUCGGCGGCGGCGCUGGGAGCUACGGCCUCUCCUCCGCCGACGACGCCAGGGAAGUCGCCGCCUACAUCUGGGAUAACUUCCUGGGCGGCUCCUCCUCCUCCCGGCCGCUCGGAGACGCGGCACUGGACGGCGUCGACUUCGACAUCGAGGGCGGCGGCAGCCAGUACUGGGGUCUUCUCGCCAAAUAUCUCAAGAACUAUAGCAAGCAGGGGAAGCGAGUCUACCUGAGCGCCGCCCCUCAGUGUCCCUUCCCCGACUCCUGGCUCGGCGGCGCCCUCAAAACCGGCCUCUUCGACUAUGUGUGGGUUCAAUUCUACAAUAAUCCACCUUGCCAAUACAGCCCCGGCGAUUCCAGCAACCUCGCCGGCGCAUGGAAGCAGUGGGUGUCGAUCCCAGCGACCAAGGUUUUCCUGGGCCUCCCGGCCGCCCCUGAGGCCGCCGGAAGUGGCUUCAUUCCGGCCGGCGAUCUGACUUCGCAGGUGUUGCCGGAGAUCAAGGGCUCCAAGAAGUACGGAGGAAUUAUGUUGUGGUCCAAGUACUACGACGAUCUCACUGGCUACAGUUCAUCGGUUAAGAGCCACGUGUAGUUUCAGAUGCGUGGGGCCUUCUCUCUUGUUUGUGUGUAUUAAAUGAGGAAUGCUGUGAGAGGGUAUGUUAUAUGUUGAUUAUAUAUAUGCUGUGAGGGUAUGCUAUAUGUUGAUUAUAUAUACUUAAUAUACUAGUUUAAUAAUUUA